CUUAAGUUCGCAGGCCCAAUACAAGAAAAGUUUACUUGAUUCGACCCAAUUCAAUUAAAAAAAUGAAAAUAAAAUAAAGGCAAGCAUUAUUACCGAAAAAGCGCGAAGAAUGGCAUCCACUGCUGGAGAAUCAAGAAGGAGAAAGAACGUUGAUAGAGGAUCUGACCGACUAGCUCUCAUCACCUGUCAGAUCCAUGCCCUCCCACCCGGUUAUCCAUCUCAACCGUUGAAUUCCCAGGACCCACCUCUUCAUCUCUCCAAUAAAAUCACCGGUACGGUACCCCUACUCUCUCUCCUUCUCAUGUUAGUUUAUAGGAGUUUUGAGAGCCUACAAGAACUGAAAGGCUGCAAUCUAGCAUAUUCUGCUGAUGGAAAAGAUGAUCAUGAGCCGACCACCAUUGCUGCUGGACAUGGUGGGAGCACUGUUAAACCAUCUUCACGCGAAUUUGACACAGAUGCGGAAGCAUCAAUAGCUUCUUCUGCGGAAACAAGCAGUAAAGUAGAAUCAUCUUUGGCCAAACCAUCUAGGUCUACUUCAGGAACAGAGCAAAACUUAAAACAACAACGAUGGAUAAGUAGUUCUGUGACUCCAAAUCAAAUAACCUCUGCCAUUGCAGCAUCAGAGAAAUCCCGUCUUCGUUGUUCUGUAGUUGUGGCCCUUUCGGCUGUCUUAUCGCAUCUAGGAUUUCCUCUGCUGGGCAGCAACUUGAUAAGUAGCAUUAUUAAUUUCAGGCCUCUUUAUCUAGUUCUGCUAACCAAUGUAACGCUUGUUCUCUUCAAUAAUCAAAGAGCUUUUAAAGGGGCUGUAGAAGCAGAGAACAAGAUCCCUUCAACUGGUGGAACUGAUUGGACUGAACAAGCAAGUGAAGCUUUGAAGGUAGCUUGGUGAUUCAUGCGUAUGCCUGCGUGAGAGUGUUGUAAUGUUAUUUUUUAAAGUGUUUAUGAUUGCUGCGCGAGCUUUCCCCUGAUUUGCGAAUUUUUUUGGAAACAGCACACUUUAAAAAUAAAAUUUGUCGAAGACAAUUUUUUUUAUAUAGAAAAUAGCAUAGUUUAGCUGUGAUUUUUUAAAAAAUUGCAGUCGGAGAAGUGCGAUAUCUUAAGCAUAAAUUUCACCGAGAAGAGAAGAGAAGAGGUGCUCUGGGCCGCGCAUACAGUCCACUUCAGCUACUGUUGGUAUUGUUGGUGAUAUUUUCUAUAAUUGUUUUAAUUUUUUCCUC